AUGUGGCCGUGGUCGCAUGAACGGUCUGUCUCGUACUCGCCGAUCGGACAGACGUGCGCAGACGACGCGUUGCCAGGGCCAAUACAUGACUACCGCUCGAGCGACGGGGUCGACCUCGAAUCAGGCUUCCCCAAGGAGAGCGUGUUGUCGACAUGGCGCAGCUACGUUGAGCAUUACAUCGGGCGCGCGCGCAGGCAGCGCCGCCCGCUGCUCGUCAUGAGUGCUCUAGGCGCCGUUCUGUGCUUCUGCGCCAUCAUCCUCUUCUCAUUCACCAUCUACGACCGCGUCCUGCCUACGCGUGCCGUAUACGGCGAUGUUGGAUGGACAGGGAAUGACAACGUCGGAGCCAAUGACGCAGUCUUCAACGCUUCUGAAGGCAUCCUUCCCAUCUCCGACGAUCCAACACACCUCCUUGUUCCGACACGGGAACCGCGGCGCAAGCCUGUCCCCCUUCUCAGGCCGUACGAGACGCGACCGCCUCUCGACAUGCUCACCGAGUUCUUCAUCACCGGCGAGAUCAAGUACACAGACCCGUCUACACACACAACCCCACAGAUGGACUUGGUGUACAUGUUCGUCAAUGCCAGCUCGGACUACUUCCAUGCAGCCAAGGAGGCCAAGAUGACCGAGGAGGGCAUGCCGCUCGCCGGCAAGGGACAAACCCAUCACUACCGCGAUAACGGCGAGCUGCGCGGCGCCAUGCGAUCAGGCGCAUUGGCAUUUGGCGACCGCGUCCGUGACAUUCAUCUUAUCACGGGCCUGUUCGAGAUUCCAGAGGAGAACCAGCAAAUCAUACCUUCGGAUGACGAGCUCGCGCGCCUGGGUGUUAACACGUCCGACAUCACCGGAUGGAAGGUCUGCCAGAUCCCUGAGUGGUUCGACUACGAGAACCGCGCAAAUGUCAAGCACCACACUCAUUCCGACAUCUACUACCUGCCGCGCGACGACGACGGACGCAUCCACCCGUCGAUCGCGGAUGAGGACGAGGAUAAGUGGCGCAACCUGUCGCUGCCAACAUUCAAUUCGUUCGAGAUCGAGAACCGUGUCGGCUGGGUAGAGGGUCUCGCGGAGAACUUCAUCUUUAGCAAUGACGACAUGUUCUUCCUCGGCGGCCUCUCGACGGCUGACUUUCAUCACCCGCUCCUUGGGCCCGUGCUGCGUCUUGAGCCCGAGAUGAUGAUCAAGGAUGAGGUCCCGAGCAACCUGCUGACGUCGGGCGGCGAGAUGGGUGGCUUGCAGCACGCCGGGCUACUGCUCUCGGCGCGUUUUCCCAGGAGAAAGCGCGAGUACUUGCAUCACAUGCCCAAGGCGUUUACCAAGACUAUGGCGCAGGAAUCUUCGAUCAUGUUCGCUCAGUCGAUGACACUCGCAGGGACGCGUACAUUCCGCCAGAGCAAGCGAGGGCGCGCCGACAUCUCCCUAGCAUUCCUGACGGCUCACCUUCAGAUCGAACGGUGGCGCGAGGGCCUGCUGUGGACGUACAUUGUCGCCAAGCUUGGCGGCCAGGACGGCGUGCUCCGCGCGAACGCGCGUGACCAGUUACGCAACGUUCUCCACGUGCAGAAGGGCGAAGAGGGUGACGGCCUGGUGUUCGAGAAGAUCAAGCGUUCGACGCUGCAGGACGUCGAGGAGAUGUCCUACCGCGCGGGCUGGGAGCAGGCCCUGCACACGCAGUACCACUUCUCGUCUUUUGACGGACACCUCCCGUCGUCCAAGAAGAUCCUGCAUAACGACGACACGAAGCACUGCAUAUUUUCGAUCAGCCAGUGUCUUCCAAAGGACUUUUUUUCGAACGACGAGGAUGUCAGCGCGGUUGACGUGUUCCGAACCCUGACGUUUGACUUGGGCGGCUGCGGUGACUGCCUCAUCGACGCCCUUAUCAACGAGAGCGGCGAGCGCGGCUUAUCGGCCUUCUUUCCCAGUGCCGACGCACUCUACUUCCCGCCAAAGGACCAGCCGAAGCGCAUGUGGGAGCGCUCGGAACCGAUGCUCCCAUUGACUCCGACUUGGGAGGAGGCCAACUUUAGCUUGGCUUACAACGUCCGCACGGGGCAAGACGGCUGGAAGGGCGUACGUCCGCGCACGGACGGCGCAGUGCGCAUGCGCGAGUGGUGUGUCAAGAUGCUUUCGCGCUACACCUACGCCUACGGCCGCACACCUUCGCGCUUCUACAUGGUGCACAACGAGGCAGAAUUUACACGCUACGUGAACGAGCUCACGAGAAACACCGACGUCGCGAUGGUGUGCAUCAACGACGACCAGCCUGACAACGCGACUGGCGCUGUCCGCAAACGCUUCCGGAAGUGGAUGGAGACGCUGUUUAGCGGCGACAGCCGCUUUGUCCGGUACGAGAAGGCCCACUUCAGGUGGAGCGACGACGACUCGCUCCUCCUGGACCGGGAGGAUGAGCAGGAUAAUGAGAAGGAGAAGGAGAAGAAGGCGUAG